GUUUCAGGACUUAUUUUAGUCAGUCAGAAAUUUUCACGGCGCGUGCACACGUCCGCCGAAAACAAGCGAAAAACGACCUUAAUCCAACCUCAGUCGCUUCCAGACUCGAACAGUGUUAAGUGAAAGUGCAAAAUGAUGACAAUCAGCGAGAACCAGUAUUCCUCCAAUAAAAUGUCCAGUUUCUACUCCGUUAACGACCGUGUCGUGCAUCGUGACAGCUAUAACGACGUGAAUAGCAGUUCCAGUGUCAACAGCGCGCUGGUCACCAAGCGCGGCUUUAAACCUUCAGACAUGUACGAUCCUCAGAAACGCGAGUUCCUGACAAAUCUCAGUUAUAAAUUAUUCCCUGUAAGUUGGAACGAUGGAGAGUUUGCCCGGAGCGACACAGUCCCCAUUUUACCUUCCCUGGACCAAGACAUAGAACAUCUGGAGAACGGCCCUAUGCUGAGCAAGGAGGUGGACCUGAACAAGAUCUUCACGCCGGCGCCUGAUGCUGAGGAACAUCUCAUAAAGAAGGAUCGGAAGUUUGAGAAAACCUUCGCCUCGUCAGCGUUCUACGUGCCCGGGGUCCACCCCACGGUCAAAGAGCAGAUGGACCUGGCCAGAGCCAUCUCGAAGAGUCUGAGCGAUCAGAGCAAUCACAUGAGCCGAGGACAGAGCAUGUAUGUGAACCGGAAGAAGCGGUCCGUCAAAUGGGUGCAUGAGGGCAGAGGUCGCAACACAACGAAUCUAUCUUCCACACCAACGCCAGUCCCAACACACGACACACCUUACCGGCCGCCGUCCAGUCUUCGCAACCAGAAGACCUACCCCAAAUCCGCACUGAAGCACCCUCUGCCUAAAAUGGAGCCGUUCCCAGUCUCUCCACCUACGAUUAUUGUUCAGAAUCAGGAGGUUCCUAUUCCUAUAGCCCCGACAAAGUUGAACGAUGUGUACGCAGCGCCUGUGAGUCCUCGGCUGCCCUUAGUAUCCGGACCGAACUUCAAUGUCGCGCCGCGCGGGUGGGGAGAGAUGAAGGAUUACUACAGACCUGUUGCGCUAGAUGUCGCUGGUGCGGCUCCACGCUAUUCAGAUUUUUAGUUGGUAUCUCUGUUAUAUUAAACUUAGUCGAUCUAACAUGAUGCAAAUGCAAUGCAGAGUUGGCUUGGUCCGGCUCUAUCUUCGUUUUUAUUUUCUAGAUACUUUGAUUGGCUAAUUUACUACUCGAUUAUUCUGCUUUUGGGCAAAUUUAAACUAUAAUGACAGAUUGGUUAACUAGAUUGGGGUAAUCGAGGUGUCAUUUUAUUAUCUAGUCUAAAGUAUAAUAAAAAGCGAGCUUAGUUGAAAAAAUUUUGAGAUGCGUUCAACCGAUACUAAAUAAG